UGGUAUAAUCAAUGACAGCGUGAGUGAGAGUACAGCCCUUACACACACGUUUUUGUUUGAAUCGCACAUCGUCUGCUUCUUCCUCUCUCUCUCUCUCUCUCUCGUUCGUUCUCUUUCCCUGAUUUCCUCCGACUUCGAGCUUGAGCUGCUUCUUCCUCUCUCUCGUUCUCUAAACUGAAAUUGAAACUUUGUAUCAGCGCAGGUGUGGUUGGUUGGUUCGAUUUUCCGUCCUCCAAUUGAUCCUCCUCCUGGCUGCAAUCGCGAUGGAGUUUUGCCCUUCGUGCAGUAACAUGCUGAAAUUUGAACUGCCCAAUAUGGGUCACAACUCAAGACUUUUUUGUCAAACUUGCCCCUACGUUUGCUACAUCGAGAAAGGGGUUAAGAUUAAGAGAAAGCAAAGCUUGGUCAGAAAAGAGAUUGAUCCUGUUAUCUCUUAUGAUGACAUGAAGAAUGCCCCCACAACCGAAGUUCGAUGCCCAAAUUGCAGUCAUGAUAAAGCUGCCUACACAGAAAUGCAGAUUCGAUCAGCUGAUGAGCCCGCAACUAUAUUUUACUGGUGCUUGAAUGAAAAGUGUAGGCAUCAAUGGCGUGAGGAUUGACUUCAUUCUUAUGCGAUGUAUUAUUUCAUUGUUAGCUGCUUCUAAUUGGGAUUACAUGACAGCUAAGGGAUUUUUGGAUUGUUUUUUAUUUCAUUUUUUCUCAAAAAUAAUGCUUUGUUUUUAUUCUGUCA